GCUUAUAAAUAGUGUUGUCAGAAUUCAUAUCCUGGUAGUGUCAUUCCGGAACCCAGCCUUUCAAUUAUGAGAGUCAUUUUUUAAAUUGGGUAAUAUGAUACAAAGGAACUGGUAACAGAACUACUAGGGAAUUUACUGGUUAUCUGUAGUGUCUACUUAUCUAAUGAAUCAGAUAUGUUAAAGGCCAUAUUUUGUGUGAAUCAAGUUUAUGGGCGAAACAGUUGUCUGUUUUAAAUUUAUUACUUUCUCCCAUUGCAUUUUUUCUUUUGAAUGUCUGUGUUAGAGUUGACUAAAUACUGGCAUAUGGUAAUAUGAAAGGAAAAGAAGGACAUCUUACUGCAUUAAACCUUUUGUGUAUUUUCUUAUAUUUGAAGAUCAUUAAUAGAUGGGACUCUUCCUGUUUAUAGAAACAUACUAUGGGUACAUCUUGAAUUGUGCAUGUUUUUAAUAGUCUGUGUAUUAAAUUAUCUCCUACUGAUGGGCUCCCUGCAUCAGGAUUAGGUAAAUAAUUUAAGUACUGAUACAGAAAAUCUUUCAGUAUAAAAAUAUUUCAUUUUAUAGGUGUACAUAUAGUAUAUACUUAUAUGCUAUCUAUAGUAGGAAUCCUUUUUUUUUUUAAGCAUCACAGGUGAUUCUGAUAAUGAACCAGGUUUAGGAACUACUGUACUAGUAGACCACACUUCCUUCUCAGUGAAUUUCUAGACCUGAGAUAAUUUUGUAUGGGCUGUUAGAAAAUAAUCUUAUACUUAUUGUUUUUAGCAACUUUUGCUUUCCCUGACUUUUUUCUUUUCUUUUUUCUCUACAAUAGUUUAUGCCAUCGUGGCUUCAUUCAUACAGAUGAACCAAGGAUUGGGAUAGCAAGUAUAAAAUUAGAAUCAAAAAGCUGAUUGCCCAGCAGGAUGCCAUCAACUAACCGAGCAGGCAGCCUGAAGGACCCUGAAAUUGCAGAGCUCUUCUUCAAAGAAGAUCCAGAGAAGCUCUUCACAGAUCUCAGAGAAAUUGGCCAUGGAAGCUUUGGAGCAGUGUAUUUUGCACGAGAUGUACGUACCAAUGAAGUGGUGGCUAUCAAGAAAAUGUCUUACAGUGGAAAGCAGUCUACAGAGAAAUGGCAGGAUAUUAUUAAAGAAGUCAAGUUCCUACAAAGAAUAAAACAUCCCAACAGUAUAGAAUAUAAAGGCUGCUAUUUACGUGAGCACACAGCAUGGCUUGUAAUGGAAUAUUGUUUAGGAUCUGCUUCAGAUUUACUGGAAGUUCACAAAAAGCCAUUACAAGAAGUGGAAAUAGCAGCAAUUACACAUGGUGCUCUCCAGGGAUUAGCCUACUUGCAUUCUCAUACUAUGAUCCAUAGAGAUAUCAAAGCAGGAAAUAUUCUUCUGACAGAACCAGGCCAGGUGAAACUUGCUGACUUUGGAUCUGCUUCCAUGGCAUCUCCUGCCAAUUCUUUUGUGGGAACGCCAUAUUGGAUGGCCCCAGAAGUAAUUUUAGCCAUGGAUGAAGGACAGUAUGAUGGCAAAGUAGAUGUAUGGUCUCUUGGAAUAACAUGCAUUGAACUAGCGGAACGGAAGCCUCCUUUAUUUAAUAUGAAUGCAAUGAGUGCCUUAUAUCACAUAGCCCAAAAUGAAUCCCCUACACUACAGUCUAAUGAAUGGUCUGAUUAUUUUCGCAACUUUGUAGAUUCUUGCCUCCAGAAAAUCCCUCAAGAUCGCCCUACAUCAGAGGAACUUUUAAAGCACAUGUUUGUUCUUCGGGAGCGCCCUGAAACAGUGUUAAUAGAUCUCAUUCAAAGGACAAAGGAUGCAGUAAGAGAGCUGGACAAUCUGCAAUAUCGAAAGAUGAAGAAACUCCUUUUCCAGGAGGCACAUAAUGGACCAGCAGUAGAAGCACAGGAAGAAGAAGAGGAACAAGAUCAUGGCGUUGGACGAACAGGAACAGUCAAUAGUGUUGGAAGUAAUCAGUCUAUUCCCAGUAUGUCCAUUAGUGCCAGUAGCCAAAGCAGUAGUGUUAACAGUCUUCCAGAUGCCUCAGAUGACAAGAGUGAGCUGGACAUGAUGGAGGGAGAUCAUACAGUGAUGUCUAAUAGUUCUGUCAUCCACUUAAAACCUGAGGAAGAAAAUUACAGAGAGGAGGGAGAUCCUAGAACAAGAGCAUCAGAUCCACAAUCUCCGCCCCAAGUGUCUCGUCAUAAAUCACACUAUCGUAAUCGAGAACAUUUUGCUACUAUACGGACAGCAUCACUGGUUACAAGGCAAAUGCAAGAACAUGAGCAGGACUCUGAGCUUAGAGAACAGAUGUCUGGCUAUAAGAGAAUGAGACGGCAACAUCAAAAGCAGCUGAUGACUCUGGAAAAUAAGCUAAAGGCUGAGAUGGAUGAACAUCGCCUCAGAUUAGAUAAAGAUCUUGAAACUCAACGUAACAACUUUGCUGCAGAAAUGGAGAAACUUAUCAAAAAACAUCAGGCUGCUAUGGAAAAAGAGGCUAAAGUGAUGGCCAAUGAGGAGAAAAAAUUCCAGCAACAUAUUCAGGCCCAACAGAAGAAAGAACUGAAUAGCUUUUUGGAGUCCCAGAAAAGAGAAUAUAAACUUCGAAAAGAACAGCUUAAGGAGGAGCUGAAUGAAAACCAGAGCACUCCAAAAAAAGAAAAACAGGAGUGGCUUUCAAAGCAGAAGGAGAAUAUACAGCAUUUCCAAGCAGAAGAAGAGGCUAAUCUUCUUCGACGUCAGAGACAAUACCUAGAGCUGGAAUGCCGUCGCUUCAAGAGAAGAAUGUUACUUGGACGCCAUAACUUAGAGCAGGACCUUGUCAGGGAGGAGUUAAAUAAAAGGCAGACCCAAAAGGACUUAGAGCAUGCCAUGUUACUGCGACAGCACGAGUCCAUGCAAGAACUGGAGUUCCGCCACCUCAACACAAUUCAGAAAAUGCGCUGUGAGUUGAUCAGGUUGCAGCAUCAAACCGAGCUCACUAACCAGCUGGAAUACAAUAAACGAAGAGAACGAGAACUAAGACGAAAGCAUGUCAUGGAGGUGCGGCAGCAGCCCAAGAGCCUGAAGUCUAAAGAACUCCAAAUAAAAAAGCAAUUUCAGGACACCUGCAAAAUCCAAACCAGACAGUACAAAGCAUUAAGAAAUCACCUACUGGAGACUACACCAAAGAGUGAGCACAAAGCUGUUCUGAAACGGCUCAAGGAAGAACAGACCCGGAAGUUGGCCAUCUUGGCUGAGCAAUAUGACCACAGCAUUAAUGAAAUGCUGUCCACACAAGCCCUGCGUUUGGAUGAAGCACAGGAAGCAGAGUGCCAGGUUUUGAAGAUGCAGCUGCAGCAGGAACUGGAGCUGUUGAAUGCAUAUCAGAGCAAAAUCAAGAUGCAAGCUGAGGCACAACAUGAUCGAGAGCUUCGGGAGCUUGAACAGAGGGUCUCCCUCCGCAGGGCACUCUUAGAACAAAAGAUUGAAGAAGAGAUGUUGGCUUUGCAGAAUGAACGCACAGAACGAAUACGAAGCCUGCUGGAGCGUCAAGCCAGAGAAAUUGAAGCUUUUGACUCUGAAAGUAUGAGACUAGGUUUUAGUAACAUGGUCCUUUCUAAUCUCUCCCCUGAGGCAUUCAGCCACAGCUACCCAGGAGCUUCUGGUUGGUCUCACAACCCUACUGGGGGUCCAGGACCUCACUGGGGUCAUCCCAUGGGUGGCCCACCACAAGCUUGGGGCCAUCCGAUGCAAGGUGGACCCCAGCCAUGGGGUCACCCCUCAGGGCCAAUACAAGGGGUACCCCGAGGUAGUAGUAUGGGAGUCCGCAAUAGCCCUCAGGCUCUGAGGCGGACAGCUUCUGGGGGACGGACGGAGCAGGGCAUGAGCAGAAGCACGAGUGUCACUUCACAAAUAUCCAAUGGGUCACACAUGUCUUAUACAUAAUUUAAUAAUUGAAAGUGGCAAUUCCGCUGGAGCUUCCUGCCAAAAGAAACUGCCUACAGACGUCGUCACAGCAGCCUCCUCACUUGGGUACUACAGUGUGGAAGCUGAAUGCGUAUGGUAUAUUUUAUUCAUUUUUGUAAAGCAUUCUGUUUCGUGUUUACUAAUUGGGAUGUCAUAGUAUUUGGCUGCCGGGUUUCUUUUUUGUUUUGUUUUUUAACUUUUGGAGAAGUUUUGAAAAGGGGAAUCGAUAUGUAUGUGUGUGCUCAUGUGUGUUCGUACACACAUCAUGCGUGUGGUAAAAAGAAAUUGGCUAGAUAGGGGGUAUUUUCUGAACACUGCAAAAAUAAAAUACAGCCAAAUGGCUUGAGUCAUCACUUUUGGGCAACAAUAUCCUAAGAAGUUUGUGAAAAGAUCUAAAGCCUUUCUCCAUACCCCAAAUUCUUAUGAGCCACUCACAGCAGGCAGCAUAUGCUAAAACAAGUUAUUAUGGAAACACACUUGUAUCCCCUUACCAGUGUAUUUUCUUUAUUAAAUUGGUCUGACUUCUCAGCCUCAUUUGUAGUAAAAAAAGUGGAAAGCCGUGAACACUGAAGGGUUGCAUUGACCUUUUUGGAGAGUAGAAAACAACAGUUCUUUUUCUGAAUGCUGCAUAGGCUUGUCAGUGAUUUUGUUUUUCCUCCCAUUCAAUUGUGCCUUCUUUGUGGCACUGCGAGAUGGAGGUGCUUAAGGAGAUCACAAGGUAUGCAGGAAUUGCAUCAACAAACCUGUGAGCCUUCAAAGGGGAAGACCAGAAGGGUGAGAGAGGUCCCUGAAAGUUCAUAUGGUAGAUGUAUUCAGCAGCAGAGUGAGGAGAUGAAGCCUAUAUAUCCUGAUGUUUUGUUGCUUAUACUGUGAUAAUUCGUCCUAGCUAAGCUCUAUAACUCCCAAAAUCCCAAACAGUACUUUCACUUUGUACAAAAACAAAGACGUAUAGCCAAUGCACAUCAAAUGCCUGAGGUAUUUGAAUAAUGCCAUAUUUGCAAACUGCCAUCUUUUGGAAUUCUCAUCACACUACGUAGACAUUAAUUUGAUUACCCCCCUUUGGCUUAUGGGAUUUCCUGUUUACAAGUAGAAUAGCCAAUUAUUUAAAGUUUAGUUGCCAUAGUGAACUAGGAGUCACUGAGCCAAUGACUUUAUCAGCUGCUGACUAAUCCUCACUACCACUGUAGAUUUUGCUGUGUGUGCAGGUCCUCUUUUUUUUUUUUUUUAAUUACUGUUUUUGUUGCUGCAAUACUUUACAAACUUCUAGUUCCUUGAGACUUAGUGACCAUUUGGCAUCAUGUUAACAUCAUGCAAUAGGAAACACCACUUCCUGAAGUCUCUAGCCUCAGUGCUAAAUUACUACUGAAAAGGAACUAGCAAGUUUGGCAAAUUAAAAAAAUUAAGUUAUAGUGGUCAGGGAAUCUCUUGACAAAAGCUAACCUUUUUUUCCAGAGAGGGGUGUGUUUUGUAUUGUUUUUUGUUUUGUUUUGUUUUGCAAUGAAGGAUCAACCCAGUGCUGAAAGUCAGAUGUUACUUAGUAUUCCUUUGCCAGUGUGGAAAUUUAGUUGAAGGUAGGUAGGGAGCUGUGAGUAUUACUUGAAGAAGAAGAAAAAGUUCUUUCCAGUGACAUAUCAGAAUUUCUACAAGUUACUGUCCUUGCCCCCUCCCCAGUUGUCUUGAAGAACCCUUGCUGCUAACUCUGGAUUCUGCUUUUCAUAUAGUCAAAGUCUUCAAGUUAGAAUUCUCCAAGUCCCUCUUGGUCAUACUUUCCACCUAGACCAGACUGAUGGUCAAAUGUAAUCUAUCACUGUUUGAGUCUUGGUUUUCUCAAUUAAAUUUAAGUCUUCCCCAAGUGUGAGUGUCCAAUCUCCACGAAUCAUCCCCGUUAGGAGUUUCUGGCAUUCAUUUAAAGGUAACUGGAAGAAAAAUUAAUAUUUUAAUGUGAAUAUUUUAAAAACCAAUAUCACAAUAGAAUCCAAUCACAAUUUUAGGCAGAGUUUCAAGUAGCACUCUGACACAUUGUCCUCUUGGCCGUGCUCAAGAUCACCAGUUUUUAGGUGAACGUGACUUGUACUUGUCAUAUCUAAUUAAAGGGGCUUUUAAUUUUCUCAGUAUCUUUUUUGCAUUUAAAUAUUACAUAAUAGUUCAAACAAAUUGAAAUAUCUACCUAUUUGGGGGGAAAUGAUAGGAGAGAGCUUUAGAAUUAAUAAAACAUCCAAAAAUAUAAUGGAAUUUGAUACCUUUAAAAAUUUAUUAUUAGCCCCUUGGUAUUACUAGAGAGGUGGAAUAGGGAAGCAGAUCAGUUUUGCCCACAAACUCUUUAAAACCUAAAUACUGCCAGUGAUACAUGUUAAAGUCCACUUGUGGACUUUAAAUUGACUUAACAUUAGUCAACUUGAGUUACUGAGUUUGUGCAGAGCAUAUGUACUUGUAAAAUCGUGAUUGAAUGCCAACUCCAGAUGUCUACCCAGUAGGGCUUUAUAUCUGAUUCACCUGUGUGGCAUCCACUUUUAACAUGUAGGUCAUGAGUAUACCUGGAUUAUUCCAUUAAGUUAACUUUCUUUGCAAAAAUGGUUCAAAUUAUUUGGUUAGUGUAUGUUUGUAAGAUCUAACUUCUGAAGAAUCUCAUACAUGGUAGGAAUCAGUAAAAAGUAAAGCUUGUAGCAGGAAAUUUUGAAAAGUUUAAGAGAUUCUGAAGAAAGAAGCAGGCACUUUCUCAAUCAGUGUGCAAAUGUCAAUAUUUGAUCAAAUUACUACCUCCUCCCAGUGUUGGUGUUCACUCAAUACAUAUGUGUUUAAGAAAUAAAAAGUAUGAGAAAUUUGUCCAGCAUAUCAGAAAGUUAUAAAUGCUAUAUCUGGUAUCCAGAGCUUGGCAGUAAAAAUUUUCUUGUGUUCACUGUCUCUCUCUCUCUCUAGUUAGCAUUUAAAAAAUGCAAAACCUCAUACCUUGAAAUAUAUUAUUUCUAAUUGGGUUCUCUUCCUUUUACACAUACCUUUUUUCUCCCCUUAUUAAAGUCAGCUCUAACCCCAAAUUAUAGGUUCUUCAUUAUAUAGUAAUGUUAGCUGGAAAAUGUUUAUAUGAUUUUUAUUCAGAGCUGCCCUUCUUUUUAGUCAUUUUUAUGCCUAGAGAUGAAUAGUCCUGCAUUUGAUGCCACGCCCACAGGUAUAAUAUGCUUGGUACUCUAGGCCAAGGAUUUCUUGGUAAAUUAAACUUUUUAGUUUAGUCAUGAUUUUCAGCUGCCCAGACAUCAGGUAAACACUAUUCAGUACACUAAAGAAACUGUCCUUGACACUCCCUCACACUCCCACCUAAUUUCCCUCAUCCUCUUUUCAAAAAUCAAAAACUCUAUGAGUGUCUUUUUCAGACCAUAAGGCAGACUUUAGUAACUUUCUACUUCAUUAAGUACUAAAUGUCUGGCAUUUUAGACUUUUAUAAAAUACAUUGUGUUGGACACUGGAAUAAUACUAUUUAUUUUCACCUGUGAAAAAUGACUUCAUUGUACUUGAAACACCUCCUUUGCAUUUCUCCAUUUGUGCCAUUCACUAGUGGAAAUAAAUUGUAUUAUACCAUGAUCUACUGGCUUUUUAAAACUGUGUUAAAUAUGCACAUUUUUGGUAUAGCUGUUAUCAUUUGUAUGUAUAUAUUGUAUAUACAUAUGAGUGUCUGUGUGUAUAGAUAGAUGGAUGUAACUCAUACUGUACAUUUCCAUCAGGGCACUUAAGGUUCUGUCAUUUUGUUUUGUUAUUUCAAAUCCUCAGUUAAGGCAAGAAUGCAUGUGUUUAAGAAUGAGUACUCUGGGGUGAUAUUUAUGAGAAGGUGGUCAUUAGAUGCAGUCUUUUCUUCUUUAAUCCCCUCUUAGCACUUGUGUAGGUGGAAAGAAAGUUAAGUAAAAUGUGGAACCAUAAGUUGCAGAUACAGUAGAAUAGUGCUGGGGAAGGAGCCAAUUAGUGUUUCUAUGAGUUUGUGUUGUGAUGCAAUAAAGAUAAGUGAUGCAGAGAGAAGUGAACCAUGGAAAUUAAAAACACUGGUGAUGAUUCCUCUGCAAAGAUGAUGAACCAAUAAAUCACACAAUCUUUAUGUGCACUCUAUGUAUUUCUUAGUACUGAUGUCAUUGAUCCUCUUACUGUUUUUCUCCAUUAAUACCAAUAAUUAUAAAUUUUGCUAAGGACCAAAACAGCCAAGAAAAGAAUUACUGCUAAAGCAUCUAAGGUUCUCCUAAACUAUAAAAUCAACAGGAACUGGCCACUGGGAGAGAAGGAUAUGGUAUUGGCAUGGGGCUUUCUCCCUUUAGCUGCUGCUUCUAGCUUGCUUAUAGUAAGUUCUUUGUGCGCCUUCCACCCCUUCUGAGCCACUACUAUUCACGCAGAGAUUUGGCUCAGCACAGCAACCCUUUCCUAGGAGGCUUGUGGUCUUUUGUCCCAUGCUCACAAUGUGAAGUGUCUAGUGUAUAUUCAAGUCAGAAAAUAAUAUAUUUAAGGUGUUUAAGUAUGAAUCUCCUAUAAUGAUGAAAGAAGAGGUUUUUGUUUCUUAGAAAACUGCCUUCUCUAAGGAACAAAGCCAAAACUUGGGCUGUCAUCUUUGAGCUGCUUAUCAAAAUACAGACCAUUAUUAAAGAGAAACAGGUCUAUUUUGUUUUCCCUCAUCUAACAUAAUAGGUAGUGCCCCGACCAGGUUGUAGCAUUGCCUUUGAAAAGGCACUCACUCUUAGUUGUUAAAAACUGGAAAAUUCCCAUUCUCAGAUUCUAAAAGAAUGAAAAGUAUGCUGUACACUUAGCAGACUUGCCUCUUGUAUGCAAGGACUACUGAUUGAAGUCUACUUUGCUGUGUGUCUGGUUAUGUUGUCUGCACUUUUAUGAAAUCACUACAGUAGACUACAUUGGAAAUGACUAUUAAUUUGUAAAGAAGUGAGUUUUAUUAAACACUGUCUAGGAAAAAAAGUGAAGCUGAGAACUCUUCCUUUAUUGUAUAUUUAUAUUUUCUACUGAAUUCUGGAAACCCCCCUUUGAAAGUCACAUUGACUAAUUUUCCCCUCGUUUAUAUUCAGACUUCCAAAAUUUCACUCAAACAAGGGAAGAGAACCCACUUGGCCUGAUGGCAGCCUUCAGAUCAUAAAUAUAUAAAUUAGUAUGCACCUUAUCUGCCUGUUGUGGGUUUUUUAAACUUGCACUUCCCACCUACCCAAAAAUAGAUAUCCUUUAAAGAAAAUAAAUGCAGAGAAUUAAAAUUGGGGAGCCAUUUACUAUGUCACCAUCACUGUUAACUGUUUCCCAGCAAUCCUAACUUUGAAGUUUCAGAAAUUUUGUGUGUACGUGUGAAUGUGUCUGUGUUGGGUUUGUUUUUUUAAAUAUACAAGAGAUUCUCCUUUAAAGAGAGAGAAAGGUUAAUCCUCUCUGAAACAAGAUACCCACUGGAUAUACUAAUCUGGACAUCUGUAGGUAGUUUGCAAUGAAAAGGUGGAGAGAAGACAAGACUUCUGAAUGAAUGAAAAGGGUAUCUUGAUGCCCAAGAACUCCCCCCCCAAAGUACGGGUAAUUCAACCUGCACAGUUUCCUUUUCACUCAUAGUUUUUAGCAAUUGUGAGUGGAAAAUCAUGUAAUUAUCUGUAAAUAUGUAGCUAACAGAUUGACCUAGUUUCUGUAUUUUUUUGUUUUUGUACUAAAGUUUAUAAGUGUGCCAGCUAGAGAGGAGUUGCUGUCAUUGCCGAUUGUGGUCCUAGCAUCUAACCCUGAAACCAUCCUAGGUGACAUUUUUAUAAUUAAUGCUUAAAUGUUGUUAAACAGGGGGAAAUGAAGCUUAAUCAUUGGUCAGGUCUAAAAUCUUUUGAAGUGAAGUCAUUUUAUUUAAUAUAAUGAUUACAUGUCCUCAAUCAUGUAUGAGGUAGGGAACCUCCCUCCCCCAGUGGCCAUGUUUACAGAAGUGUGUUUUUGUCUAUAAAGUGCAAGAAUUUUAAUGUUUAUGUAAAUUAUGCAGGUAACAUUAUGGCUUGGAACUGUUUAUUGGGCUCUUUAGCUGAAUUUUCAAAUGAAAUGAACUAUUCUUAUUGGCACAUUGAUCCCAUUUCUGGAGCAUUUUCCUAUUUCCAGAAUUACGUAAGUUCCUUUGUCAUUAUCCCCACUUAACCUUUCUCUGAUACGCCUUAUAGCCCUAGCCCUAAGGUGUUUAAAUCUGGAGAACAUAGACAAGGGAAAAGCAUUUUUUAAAAUUCAUGAAUCCUCAUUUGUAUGCUUUCAGUACUCAUAUGUUUCUAUGACAACUCCGAGGUCAGUGGAGUUUAGAAAUGAGAUACGAAUGUUAAUGAAAAGUGUGUACUAUUUGCUUUUGCAUGGCUUGGCUUAGCAUCAGAGGUAUAUUAGGGCCACUUGAAAGCAUGAAGACCAGUUGUAUGGGAACAGGUUUCUCUUAGUGGCACAUUUUGCUUUUUUCUGAGCCCUCAAAUACAUUGCCUCAGCAUGAACAUUAUUGUUACUAUAAACUGCACAUGGUCAUGGAGUGAAUUGUGUGAUUAAAAAAGAUCUAACUGCGUAAUGUUUGCAGAUUCUGGCUGAUUCAUGUGACUAUUUGGCACAUAUCAAACAAAUGAAGGGGGGAGAGAUAUUGGAACCCUUCUAAACCCCUUUUUUGUCGUAGACAAGUACAUUUAAUUUAAGAUGUUGGCUGCCCUGGUGUGUUGCCAGACAGCUCUUUUUUUUGGUGCCCCAUUCCACAUGUGCUUCCUUGCAUUUCAUAAUAUCACAGAAACUACCACCCCUCCUCCCCAGUAGCAUUUUAUGUGUUAUACCUUUUAUUCCACAUUAAAUGGGAAUUGUGCCUACUUAGAGUGCUCCUCCAAUUAAUUAUAUACAUAUGUCCUAAAAUAAUCCAAGCCAGUCACAAGGUGGGAAAUUAAAAAAAAAAAAAAAAAAGUCCACUUGAGGCCAGUAAUUUAUCUGACAAAGUAUUUUACCACAUGAUCUUGACACUUGAUAUAUGAGCCUAUUAGGAGUUGCAGGUGGUUUCAUAGAGCAAAAUCCAAGUGGAGAGGGAUAUGUGGGGUUUCUAUUAAAGAGAUAAUUUUGUUCUUAUUUUACCUUUCCUUUUAUGAUCCUUCUCUACGAGGUUAGAAUAGGUUAAUUCUCCAAAUGUAUUUUAUUUUGUUUUUUAUCUUUUAGGGAAAUUUUUACAAAAGCGAUGGUCUGAUGUAAAUAACAUUUUAAAGUAUAGUGCACAUAACUUCCCCAGAUUAUUCCAACAUGAUAAUUUGUAAAUGCUUUAGAGUUUUUUAAAUUAACACUUGUGUUGCUAAAUCCUAUUUAUGUAAGUCUGCUAAAAUUUUUAACCCAUUUAAAACUUAAGACAUUUAAAUAAUGGAUGGGUUACUUUGAGCAAUUUAGCUUUCAGAACCCCCUUGUUUUAGUAUAUGAAAAAGAUAGCUUAAUGCGCAUUAAUGAGGUUGGAGAGACUAUGAGAAAUAUGUAUAGUGUAUAUUUUAAAACAGCUUUGCUUGUAUUGUGAAGAUUUAAAAACAAACGAGAUUUUUAACGUAACUAUUAACACAGUUUUAACAUAAGUUAUCCCACUGGGUUUAAGAGCAUCUUGAAUGUAUAAUCCUUUUUGUAACCCAGGUUGGUUUCUGCUUUUACCAGUCAUCCAAACAUUAUUUAUGUUUUUAAUUUUAUAUACUCAUUUCCCUUUUUUUUCCUCAACCAGCAUGAUUUUUUUGCACAUGUAUUGUAGAAAUUUUUAAGAAAAAUAUUAAUACAUCAUUUUCUCUGGGUUUUCUUCACUCCUCUCUUCCUUUCUACUAACCCCUUACCUUAAAGGCCAUAUCGCUCCAUUUGCAUUAUUUGUGCAAAUGCCAGGGUUGGUUUUUAUUUUUAUUUUUGCUAUUUACCUAAAAAAAAGAAAAAUGCUUCAGUCAAUUGCUUUUUUAUUUAAAAAAGAAAAAAGAAAAGAAAAAAAGCUGUAACCUUAUCAUUUCUGAGCAGACCAUUGAGGGAUGAAUGCACACCUGUAAUAGCCCAGGACCAGCUUUGGUGGCUAAAGGGAAUAUUUUAACCAAGCAAGAGGUUCUUUUCUAAAAGUGGUAUAUAUUAUUCACAAUCUCUUUCAGUUAUUCCCACAAGUCAGGGGUCCAGAUAAAAUGAGGGUUAUCAGCAAACUGAUAUGUUAUCAUUGAGGUUCAUCAAUGAAUUUGUACAUUUCUAGUUCCCUUUGGUGAAGGGAAAAAUGAUGAUUUUGCAAGACCUAGAUUUUGGCUUGGUUUCUUGCCUCCUUUUUUGGCAGCCUACAUCUUCUCAUCUCCUAAAGCCCUUGAGCCUGUAGGGUUUUUGUAGUGGACAAAGGACUUGUGGCCUUUUAAAACUGGGACUGAUUUAAAAAAAAUUUUUUUUGGUGAGAGAUUAUCAUCUUGAAAGUGAUAUUCUGCCACUUUACAGAUGACUAAUUUCAAAUACACACAGUCCUCUCAAUUUUCAAACUAAACAGAUGCCCACAGUGGAGGCUUAUCAAGGGUUGCGACGGGGAAGAAGCCUCUCCCUCACUGUCAGCACCAGCUGGUAAAGGUGACUGUACAGAUGUGCAUUUUCCUUUUGGUAGAAAUGGUCCACAGCACUAACUGGUAAGGCUUAUUGUACAGUAUAUUGUCAGUAUUCUUCUGGUUCAACAUACCUUAUAGUUCAUAUAUAACCUGUAUUAAUUGUAUAGAUUGUGCAUUUAAAGCUGUUACCAAGUUGUCAGAACAUAAGAGCGAAAACAAGGUGAUAUGUAAUAUUUUGUUUGUAAGUAUCCUUUGUAUCAUAGCAAAGGAAAUGUUUAAAAAAAUCAACUGUAAUAAAGUAAUUUUAGUACA